CAGGCACUGUCGCGAGUGAUGGCGGACUAGACAAAGUCACGCAGAUCAUCAAACUGGCACAGGGCAUGAUCGCAGAGGCCGAGGAAGCGAACGCGGAGAACAGGAGAAUGCAAAAAGUGUUGGCGCAAGACGGCUACAACAUCAUGGACCAGGAGCAAGAGCUUGAUCUAUUGUUACGGCUGUAAAACUCAGUCGUGGUUCUCUCUACAUUUGAUAUUUAUUAAAAUUUUCCUAAAGCAGGAGAACAAGUGCUUCGUGUCCCUCUAAUUACCGAUGAAGACAAGAACGCAAAGGACCGCGAGAAGGAGGCUCUGUUGCAUAUCGAGCACAAGGCUAACAUGGAGCAUCUCUUCGUGGACCUCUACAUCAUGGCAAAAAAAGCUGCAACACUCCCAAAAAGUGACACAACCUCAGGACGCAGUAAAUUUCGACAGCUACUCGCUUUUCUGGCUUUGGAAUUUCCCUUCUACUCGGACCUCAUCAAAAUCCUGCAGUUGAUCGUGCAUUUUGGGGGACCAGACUCAACAUAAGGCAAAAAUUGUUGCUGCUCUUGAUUCGAUUCAUGAAUUAUCUUCGUGCCAUCGCGUUCAUGUUGUAGUUGGCGUUCAUCUUGUAGGAACUUUCUUUGACAUUGUAAAAAAUUUAUCGUAAUCUUCUCUAUCUCAGUUGUCUGCUUUUCCAAUCCAUGCACUCUGUCCUCUGAAGUGAAGCUGCUUAUUUAAUGUUAUAAGUAAUGUAACAAGUAGUGGCGCAGUAUCUGUAUCAUCUCUAACACACACCACAGCAGUCAC